AUGUCUGCGCCUCAAGAGUUUGCUCUCCCCAUCGACGAGUUUGAUCCCAGGACGUUUGAGCCGAUCACGGGUGAUACCCGCCAUCAAACCUCAGAUGUCCGGCAGGUCUUCAACCUCUUCGUCGCUCGUCCGUAUUUACGUCUGGCCUGGAAUGCCAUGGCUUCGACCCUCGACGCCGGUAUCCAGUUCGACGCUCCCCGUCACUUUCUCCGUUACCACCCAGUUUGGGACUGGAUUUCUCUUGAAACUUUUAACGACUUGGUCGCCCUUCAGGAUUUCGAUGGUGCGCAUUCGCUCGCCAUCCUUCGUAUUUUCACUCAGUUUCUUCUUGUCUCGUAUUAUGCUCGGGGCAACAACACUAGCGGUACCCCCGAGCAUCGCCAUUAUCCCGUCUCCCCUCACUACGGCUUCCAAGCAUCCCGUACGGCGUGGGCCGAACCCCUUCCCGACGAGUUCAACAUUCGCCGGGCCAUGCGCGCCGUGUUUACUCGCGAACAGGCGACUGCCUUAGGGCUUCAAGUUCCACAGGACCGUCCUCAGGAUUUGCCCGGGCCUACGUUCGUACCCCGCCGUGUCCGCAACGGCACGAACUAUAGCUGGAACCGCACCACUACUAACCCUAUCAUCCUUCGUUACGAUGAGUUACUGGCAUCGCCCUUGUUCCAGGAGGCUCGUUCCUGGUUGGGGCAGGGCCAGCUUUUCAAUGCUUCCCACACCAUCUACCAGUUGAAUCUCGAACUUGGUAGACCUACCGAACGCCCCCAUCUCCCUCUCGUCGUCGCCUCAGUUAUUGACGUAGGCGAUGGCGUCUCGGUCAUCGACUACGCGACUAACGGCGCAUUGUCUGAGACCCAGCCAUUCCCCACCACAGUCUUCUCUCCUGCCCGCCCCGUCAUUCGUUCUAUCAGCGCCCAUCGCCGUGACGCUUCCAAGGCAUCCGAAAAGGCUGUCGAGCCUCUUUCUGGCACCCAGGUUACGCCUAGGACGGAUACUUCUCAGGCCGAUACGGGUCCCAAACAGGGUGCGUCGUCUUCAGGCGCCCAUUCUUCAGGUGCCUCGCCCAAGACUCCCAAGUCUACGAUUACGAAGUCGACAAAGGCGCUUAUCCUACAACAUCCUUCCGAGUCCGUUGGGAUCCUGGAGGAACCAGCAAGGGUCGCCUUCUGCCGGCCGGCGGGCCUUCUCCACGCCAAUCUUCCUCUAGAGCCUGCCGAAGGUUCUGUCGUCCCUGCUCCCAACUUCGAUCCCACCAAGGUCGCCGCCGAGUUUCCUCGCACCGCCGACCUCAAAACUCACGUUCCAGGCGUUCCCCGUGGCCUUCGUCAAGAAGAUGGCGAGUACCGCCCUCCCCCUUCUUCGUCUUUCCAAGCUUUCCCCACGACUGAGGACUUCGCGCGUCAGACAGAGGAGAUCGCUCGUGCGCGAGCUGAAACUCCUCUCGAAGACCGCAUCGACCUUACAACACAGGCGCCGUACGAAUGGCUGCCUGUAAAUCUUUCAUUGCUUCAGCUUGUUCUUUUCCCCACUUAA